AUGGAGAAAUAUUCGCAGUACCGCGACAGAGGCACCGGAGUUGCCCCAUUCUUUCCCGUCUCCACCGAGUCCUCCAAGCUCGCGCUACCACUCUACCUGUUCCUGUUCGCAUGCCGUGUACCACUGCUCUUCACCGCCGCCGCCGUGUACUUCUUGCUACUUAGCUGGCUCCCUGUUGGCUCGUUGGUGCGGAAAGCUGCGCUAUGGCUUAUGCUGGGCAUUCCCGGCGUUUGGUGGAUAGACCUACAGAUUGACGGUGUCAAGAGAGGCUCUUUGGCGAAGCAAGAUAAGAAGCGCCUACCCCACGGAGGCACGAUAAUCGCCUCCUCGUUUACCUCACCUCUGGACGCUCUCUACCUUGCCGCCAUUUUCGAUCCCAUCUUCACAAUCUCUUACCCUUCCACGCGACUCGUCCAGCGUGUUACUUGCUUUAGGGCCAUUCUACAUGCCCUUUCGCCGCCCGCUGACGCUCCGCCACAAAACGCGACGCUUGUACCCAUCGCAAAGCUCAUUGCACAGAACCCAGACGCCUCAAUCGUCGUCUUCCCCGAGUGCACAACCACCAAUGGCCGUGGUAUUCUGCCCUUCAGCCCCAGUCUUCUGACUGUCCCGGCAAAGACCAAGAUUUUCCCCGUCAGUCUGCGCUACACUCCGGCUGAUGUGGCUACUCCCGUUCCUGGAACAUACUUCAAGUUCUUGUGGAAUCUAUGCUCUAAGCCUACUCAUUGCAUUCGAGUCCGGAUCGCCGAGGCCGUGUUCAAUUCUGCCGGCUUCAAGCUCGAGAUUCCGGCCUCCACCACCGGCCGCGAUCAUUCGCCCCAACCAAACAGCCGCAUCUCGGCGAAUGCCUUCGAAGGCACUCCACUUGGUGAGGGUAUCUCAGAGUACGCUGAGCUCAGUCUAGAGGAGAAGAAGGUGCUUGACCAUGUGGGCGAGGAUUUGGCUCGUUUGGGCAGAGUGAAGCGGGUGGGCUUGGGAGUGAGAGAAAAGUCGGACUUCGUGAAGGCCUGGACCAAGAAAAGGAGGUAA